AUGACAAAUCUGGGAAAUGAAACAAUCAUUCAGGUAACGAAAGGUUCGAAAGAGAAGAUAGAAUCCGGAAUAGUUCCUCCAUCAUCUGGAUUAUUACCAGCUGAAUGUAAUUCAGAGUUUCCUAUGUCUGACUGUGUAUUUGUAUUAUCGUCACGUGCACAGCAUGCAGCUUCUAAAAAAGUUAUGACAAUAAGAUCAUAG